AUGCCAGCUGAAGGAGCCAUCUGCAAGGCCGACCCGAUCGACGACACUGGUUUGUUUGGCGGAACGGUGCCUGUUGGUGUUUUGAUGAACAGACUGUUUUCGAAAGCAGGCUCAAAAUGCGGCACCUGGUUCAGGUUCAGUGGCAUUUCUUUGUUCCCGGUCAGGCCAUCGAGCUUGUUUAACAGUGGAUCGUUGUCCAGGUUGAUGGAGUUGAUCAUAUCCGAAUCGUCGAUCAUGGAAAGGAAUUCCGUCAACGAGUUGAACUCGGAGCCAGCGUGCUCUGAAUAG